AUGAUGAUGAUGCUGGCUUUGGGGGCUGCUGCAGUGUUCUUUGCCUUCCUGGAUGGCUGGUACCUGCUCAGGAUGUCCCUGACGGUGCUCUAUGCCAGGUUCCUGCUGCCCACGGUCUGGGACUUGCUGGAGGAGCAGAGCUUCCACACCUGGGUGCUGCCUUCGGACCUCGACUUCUUGCUGCACAUGAACAACGCCCGCUACCCCCGCGAGGCCGACGUGGCCCGGUGCGUGCACAUGACCCGCUGUGGGCUCUUCCAGUCCGUGCACACGCUAGGAGGCCACACGGUGCUGGCCGCCUCCUGCUGCCGCUACCGGCGCUCUUUACGCCUGCUGGAGCGCUUCGUCAUACGCACGCAGCUGCUGGGCUGGGACGAGCGGGCCUUCUUCCUGGAGCAGCGCUUCGUGAGCGCCCGCGACGGCUUUGUCUGCGCCGUGCUGCUGGUUCGGCAGCACGUGGUGGGCGCCAGCCCGGGCAAGGCCGUCGAGCAUCUGUGCCGGAGGAAGGUGGAAUCUCCGGAACUUCCUGAAGAAGUCCUGCAUUGGCUGAAAUACAAUGAAGCCAGCAGCCAGCGCUUGAGGGCAGAGAGCGACCUCCAGGAGAAAACCAAAGACCAGUAACUGGAUUCCU